AUGCUUUUCUCUCAGUCCCUUGGAGUCGUGGCUCUUACUACGUUGGCCGCUGCUCAUCCCUCAAAAACUAUUUCCACUCGAGAAGUCGGCCAACGUCCAGCUCUUGGAUGGAACGGUUGGAACCAAGGACAAUGCAAUGCUGCUAGUGAGAAGGUUGCUCUUGCAACAGCCAAGAGAUUCAUAGAUCUUGGUCUUAAGGACGCCGGAUAUCUGUAUGUCAACAUCGACGAUUGUUGGUCUACAAAGCAGCGUGAUUCGAAGGGCAACUUGGUCCCCGACCCCAGUAAAUGGCCGAGGGGUAUCAAGCCCGUCGUCGAUGAGAUCCACGCAAUGGGCCUCAAGUUUGGCCUGUACGGUGACGGUGGUGCCAAGACUUGUGCAGGUUUUCCUGGCAGCGAAGGCCAUGAGAAGCAGGAUGCAGACCUUCUUGCCAGCUGGGGUGUUGACUACUGGAAGUACGACAACUGUUACACACCCUGCAACACAGGCAAUGGUGCCGACAUUCAGACCUGCCCGGACGCUCAAGCCCCUAACUCUAGGCCUCGAUAUGAGAAGAUGAGAGACCUUCUCCGAGCCACAGGAAAGGACAUUCUCUACUCUCUCUGCAACUGGGGCUACGAUGAGGUGUGGACUUGGGGUGCUCAGGUUGGCCACAUGUGGCGAAUGAGUGUCGACAACUGGGGUAAAUGGGAGGACGUUGUUCGCAUUGCCAACCAGGCUGCGCCCAUCCUGAAGUACACCCAGUCAGGUCGCUACAACGAUCUCGAUAUGAUGAUUCUUGCCAAUGGUGCUUUGACUCCUGCCGAAGAGGGAACCCAUUUCGGAAUCUGGGCUAUCACAAAGUCUCCUAUCAUCCUGGGAACAGACAUGACCAAGCUUAACGCCGCAGAGAUUAAGCUCAUCACAAACAAGGGUCUCCUGGCAGUCAACCAAGACUCCCUCUCCAAGCCUGCUGUGCCCUUCACUCCCGCCGGAACUCCUGCUAAGGGAAACAACGAAAUCUACCCUUACUGGUCAGGCCCUCUGUCAACAGGCACGGUUGUCGCCAUUGUUGCCAGUAAGGAUAGCACGACUGCCAAGCUUAGCCUCGCUCAGGUUCCUGGGCUCAAGGAUAUGGAUUACUCAUGGACAGAGCUCCUGACUGGCGCCAAGGGCAAGGGCAGGACAGUUGAGGCAAAGUUGGAGAAGCAUGAUAUCGCGGUAUUCCGCAUUGAUCAUAACUAG